AUACUAAAACAAUAAACGUGUAAAAUACCAUAAGGACCUUUCGUUAAGACACCUCAAAAGAAACGUCACUCCAUUUUGAUAUCAAAACACUUAAAAAAACGUCUAAAAAUAUGUUACAUUCACCAAGGGAUAUGAGAAGUAAGAACUUGGAAGCAUUGCAGACACUGCUGGUUUUAUGUGAUUCUGAUACCAAUGCACUUCAGGAUACAUGGUAUGCAGUGCUUGAGACUGUUUCUCGUCUUGAAUAUCUUGUAUCAUCUUCUUCUCUGGCUGCAAAUAUGAUGCAAGGAUCUAAUCAAAUAUCUCGAGAUUUUCUCAUUCUUUCAUUGAGGGAUCUGGCUGGACAACCUGCUGAGCGGGUGUUCAUGAAUAGUGCUAAGUUGCCCAGUGAUUUAGCAGUGGAAUUUAUCACUGCUUUAUGUGAUGUUUCCGUUGAAGAACUAAGAGAGCAACCAGCACGCUUAUUUAGCUUGGAAAAACUCGUUAACAUCAGCUACUGCCACAUGGCUCGUAUAAGAAUGGUUUGGGCAAGAAUAUGGAUUGUGCUGGCAAAUCAUUUAAUUUUUGCUGGAAAUCAUCCUGAUGAAAGAGUAAAUGUGUAUGCAAUGGAUUCUUUCAAGCAGCUUGGCAUAAAGUGUUUGGAGCGCACAGAAAAUAGUUUCAAAUUCCAGAAUGAUAUUUUGCAUCCGUUUGUGACUCUUAUGCGCGACAGCAAAAGUGAAUCCAUGAGGAAACAUACCGUUGAUUGCGUAGUGCAAAUAAUAAAGUCUAAGGCUGCAAGUAUAAAAUCUGGUUGGAAAAGUGUAUUUAUGAUUUUCACAGCUGCUGCGGAGGACGCGAUAGAACCAAUUGUCGAAAUCGCAUUUGAAAACGUAGAACAAGUUAUCGUGGAACACUUUGAUCAGAUUGUUGGAAACUGUUUUGUGGAUUGUGUCAGUUGCUUAGUUGGGUUUGCCAAAAGUAUGUGCUCUCACAGAAUAAGCCUGAAAGCAAUUGCACUCAUUCGUAUUUGUGAGGAUCGCCUGGCUGAGGGCUUCAUAGCAGGUGGUCCUUUGGAAUCAUUUGGUAAUAAUGCAGUUGGAAGUUAUCAUGUCAGAGAGGAUUAUUGGUUCCCAAUACUAGCUGGUCUCUCUGCUCUAACCUCUGAUCCACGGCCCGAGGUUAAAAACUGUGCACUUGAGGUUUUGUUUGAUCUGUUGAAUGAGAGGGGCAGCAAGUUCUCGUCUUCGUUUUGGGAGAGAAUAUUCCACCACGUGUUAUUUCCCAUUUUUUAUCAAGCAAAGCAUGACGGAGAAGAGAACCCAGACUCGUGUAGGUAUGAAAGGGUUCGUGAAAAUAGCAUUCACUCACUCCAACUGCUUUGCAACCUUUUCUGCACAUUUUACAAGGUUGUUUCUUUUAUGCUCCCUACACUUCUCAGUUUGCUGUUAGAUUGUGCCAAAAAGGCUGAUCAGCAAGUGGUUUCAGUCUCUUUGGGUGCAUUAGUGCACCUGAUUGAAGUAGGCGGACAUCAAUUUGGUCUCAGUGACUGGGAUACUUUGUUGCAAAGCAUAAGUGAUGCUUCAUACACAACACAACCUCUUGAGCUGCUCAAUGAUUUGGGGUUCAGAAAGGCAAAUGACCAGACCAUGCCAAGUCUAGAUUCGAGUUACUCUCCAGCUCAUAGUGAUACCAAUAUUUCUGCGAGUACUGGUACUGAUGACUCUGCAAAGGUUCAAAAUGCAUUAGGCAUGCAGGAAGACAGUCAGGGGAGGAAGCCUAUUGAGGAGGAGGAAAGUGAAGGAAUGCCUUCACCUUCGGGAAGAGCUUCGGAACCUACUUUGUCUGAUGGUUUUCAACAGAGUCAAACAAUUGGUCAGAAAAUUAUGGGAAAUGUGAUGGAAAAUCUAUUUAUCAGAAGUUUUACCUCUAAAUCCAAAAGCAAGAGUGGAGUAUUGGCAUCUCCACCCAAGAUUUCUGAAAAUAUGAAGCCUGGUGCAAGAGAUGAGAAUGAAAGUUCAGUGUUAGCAACAGUUAGGAAUAAAUGCAUUACACAACUGCUGCUUCUUGGUGCCAUUGAUAAUAUUCAGAAGAAGUAUUGGAACAAGUUGAAGACAGCACAGAAAACCUUUCUAAUGGACAUUUUAUUUUCUCUGGUAGAGUUUGCAGCAUCAUAUAAUUCAUAUUCAAGUCUCAGAUUACGCACACAGCAACUUGAUGCCAACAGGCCUCCCUUGAAUAUCAUCCGCCAGGAGUUAGCAGGAACUUCCAUAUAUCUUGACGUGUUACAUAAGGCAACUGCAGAAAUAAAUGCUGUAAAAGAUGAAACACAGGAGACCUGUAAAUCUCAAGAUGCAGAUCUUUUGGCGAGGAGCGAUGAAACGUCAAAGGAAGUUGAAGAAGAUAAGUUCCAAGGAGUUGCAGAACAGAAGCUAGUGUUAUUUUGUGGAAAAAUUCUGAGGGAGGCGUCUGAGUUCCAAUCCAGCACAGGGGAUGUGCCUAGCACAGAUGUUCAUCAAGUUCUUGAAUUGCGUUCUCCCAUCACUGUCAUGGUGCUGAAAGGCAUGUCCCAUAUGAACACCCGAGUUUUCAGGAGUCAUCUCAAAGAGUUUUAUCCUCUGAUUACACAACUGAUGUGCUGUGACCAGAAGGAUGUACGUGGAGCCCUUGCGGAUCUAUUAAGCAUGCAGAUCAAAACAUUGUUGCUCUGAUCGAUAGGCUACAUUGCACGCAGGUAUCCACUCCUAAGGAUCGAACUGCUAGACUAUUGAAGGAAUUACAAGUAAUAUGCACUUCACAUUAUUCAUACUUCUCUCUAUUAAAUCUCUCUAAUUCAAACCGAGUUUUUUUUGUAAUCUCCUGCCCGAUAAAUGGAGAUAUAUAGAGAUCGGUUCAGGUAAAUUUGUGUUCAUUUACACACUGCGCGCAUGUGAUGCACCGAACUAAUUGUGACCUUUUGAACACAAUUAAGUUGAAAACUGAUUUAAUGAAUCUUCAUACAUAUUCAAAUGUACUCUUAGUAGUUAGUGUGAAUAUUAUGUACUCCGAAAUUAUUGUUUAAGCUAAUGGGUACAUAC